AUGAACCCGGAAGGGAAACUGCCAAAGCUCAAAGAGCUUAGCCAAGAUGACUGGGACUACAAACUACACGACGGGGGAGCCAUCCUUCAAUCGAAAUACCGAAUUCGAUUUAAUUCCUUUGGUUCCAUGGCAGACGUGGCGGAUCUGGUGGUCAAUAGUGGAGUUGGAGAGAGCUGGAAACAAUCUCACUAUGCGGUGAAGCCGGAGGCUACGGGGAUAAGAGAGGAGAAUAAGACGAUGGUGAAUGCUUGCUCUGGUGAAUCGCAGCAGGUCCGUGAGAAUCACUGUGGGUUAAGUUCAAUGAUCAAGCUGGAGCUCUCGGCGCAGGUGACAGGGCUGAAACUUCAGGAGCUUGCCAGAGAAUAUGGAGGUCAUGGCGCCCAGAUCGUCAUUACCCCUGUCACAAUGAGUGUCGGACUCCCAGCGAGAGGAAGGUUUCGACUUGGGGGCGAAUACAAAAUCAAGAGGUUUCUGAAGCAGAUGACAGAUAGAGGCUUGAUGGAUGACUGGCAUGUGGACGAGUGA